CAUCGUUAAAGGGCCCAGCCUGUUUCACACUUCACUUUGCCUCCUCUUACCUUACUCGGCCAUUUUUUGGUGGUGAGUUUGCCGAGGGGAAGCAGACUACCACCACACAUUUGCCGCACACGAAUUCUGGCAACCGCAAGCAUCUCGUCCUCAUGGGUAAAAUCGAGAAGAAAACGGCCAAAGGUCGUUUGGAUAAGUGGUACAAGCUUGCAAAAGAACAAGGAUACCGAUCUCGUGCAGCUUUUAAGCUGGUUCAAUUGAACAAAAAAUACAAUUUUCUUGAAAAAGCCCGAGUGGUCAUUGAUCUGUGUGCUGCACCCGGUGGUUGGCUUCAAGUAGCGUCUAAAACUUGUAAGCCCGGCUCUUUAAUCGUAGGUGUGGAUUUGGCUCCUAUUAAGCCAAUUCCGAAUUGUAUUACUUUUGUAGAGGAUAUCACUAGCGACCGUUGUCGUUCGCAACUUCGUGGAUACCUGAAAACGUGGAAAGCUGAUGUCGUAGUGCACGAUGGUGCACCCAACGUUGGUGCUGCUUGGCUUCAAGAUGCAUACGGACAAGCAGAAUUGGUAUUGAUGGCCAUGAAAUUGGCCUGUGAGUUCUUGGGACCUGGAGGUACUUUUGUUACAAAGGUUUUCCGUUCCAAGGAUUACAACAAUCUUAUUUGGGUCUUUAAACAACUCUUUAACAAGGUUGAAGCCACCAAACCUCCUUCGUCUCGUAACGUGUCUGCUGAGAUUUUCGUCGUUUGUCGUGGUUACAAGGCUCCUCACAAAUUGGACCCUCGAUUCACUGAUCCCAAAAGCGUUUUCGAGGAUGUGCCGGAGCCUACGCCUAACGCGGAAGCCAAAGUCUUUCACCCUGAAAAGAAGAAGCGUAGCCGUGAAGGUUACGCCGAAAAUGACUAUACCCUACAUAAGGUCGUACCUGUCGUCGACUUCAUUCGCGCUGAUGAUCCUAUAAACAUCCUGGGUACAUCCGCCGAAAUUGGUUUCCCCGAAGAUGAUGAAGAGGCACAAAAAAUUCGCAAAAUGAGCAUCACUAAUGAGGAUGUUAUUUCUUACUGUUCAGAUCUUCAGGUUCUUGGAAAGAAAGACUUUCGUGAUCUUCUUCGCUGGCGUCUGAAGGUCCGUGCUCUCUAUGGACUUGGUAAGAAGAAUAAGCCUGAAGGAGAAGUUGCCCAAGUAGAGGAGAUGCCGGAGAUGGACGAGGAAGAACGUCUCGAUCAAGAAUUAGAAUCUCUGAACGAAGUGGAACGCGCUAAAUUGAAGCGUGAGCGCCGCAGAAACAAUGAACGCAAAAAGAAGGAAAUCACCCGUAUGCAAAUGGGCAUGGAGGCGCCAAUGGAUAUUGGUCUUGAACAAAUAGUUGGUGAAGAAGUCUUCGGGCUCAAGUCAGCAGAAAAGCACGGUUUGAGGACGUUCGAGCACAGUGAAAUGCCAGCUGCGGUUGAAGAUGAGGAGGCCACUAUUGAGGACGAUGAAGUUGAACUGGACAGUGAAGACGAAAAGGAAAAUCUGGAGGAAGAACUCGACUUAAUGUACGCACAGUACACAGACCGCAAAUCCGAAAUGGAUGCCAAGUUCCGUGUUAAAAGACUUCGUGGUGAUGUGAAUGAUGAUGAAUGGGAAGGUUUGGAUGGUGCUGCCAAAGCGGACUCAGAUGAAGCUGAGUCUGAAGACGAGGAAACUUCGGAACGCCUUACCACUUCUCUUGAGGACUCUGGCCCUACUCAAUCUGGCCUUUCUCGUAAAGCCGCACUCUUUUUCGAUCAAGAUCUCUUUGAAGGUGUUGAUGAGGAAGAGGAGGAGGAAGAAGAAGAAGAAGAAGAGCAGUCUGGAGAUGAUGCUGCCGAAGAAGAAGCUGGCCCUGAUGCAGAAUCUGAGGAGGAAUCUGAAGACAACAACGAUAUUGAGAUUGUUCCUAAGGAGGCUGACUCUGACGACGACGGAUGGGACUCGGACUCUGAUAACGAGAAGCGUGAAAACAUCGACAUCGUCACGGCAGAAGCUAUGACCUUGGCCCAAGCAAUCGCCUCUCGUUCAAAAUCUAAGGCUGACCUGAUUGACGAAGGCUUCAACCGGUGGGCAUUCCAAUCGAAGGAUGGCCUUCCGGACUGGUUCUUAGACGAAGAAACCAAGCACAAUAAACCCAAACGACCUGUUACUAAGGAAGCUGUUGCUGCUUUACGUGAGAAGAUGAAGGCUUUGAAUGCUCGACCCAUCAAAAAGGUUCUUGAGGCUCAGGGCCGUAAGAAACUUCGUGCUAUGAAGAAGAUGCAACGGGUGGCCAAGAAGGCCGAGGGUAUCACCUCUUCCGACAUGACUGAAGGUGAAAAGGCCAAGGAAAUUGGCCGUAUGAUGGCUCGUGCCAUGAAGAAGAAGGUUCGUCCUAAACCCACUAUUGUUGUUGCUCGUGGUGCAAACCGUGGAUUAGCAUCUCGGCCUAAGGGCGUCAAAGGUCGUUAUAGGAUGUUGGAUCCUCGUAUGAAGAAGGAGCUUCGGGCGCAGAAGCGUAUCGCCAAGAAAAAGAAGAAACACCAUUAAGCGUCUGUAACGCAGCGGUUGCCGUUUGUUAUUGCAAUUGUUAUAACAUCCCACUGGACUUUGUUUUUUUCACUUUGGUCUCAUCGGUUUUUGGUUUACUGCAUGUACAUAAUAAUUUUGGUUUUUGGGAUGGCGAGCAGCAAAUAGGAAAAGCAUUAAGCACACACGCACAUUCACACACUGGACACCUUCCGCCUGUCCGGCCGGCUUUCCUUUGGCUCUUGGGCUCAGUUUCGUCUACACAUGAUUUGUUUCGUUUGUUAUAGAAAGAAUGAUUUCUUUUAUUAAGUAGGCUAUUUCGUUA